AAAUGUCUCAAAUAGGCGGUGCCACGUGUACUUGGAGGUAUUUAGGCCGAUUUGUGACACUUGGAAUUUAUGCAUCUGUUGCAUUAUUUGUAUGGUAUACACUGGUCCCAACAAGGAGUAAACAUAAAGAUUCCAUUGCAAUUAACAACAAUAAUGCAGACCCCGCCACUGCUUUAAUUCCUGUACAUACCAAAAAUGUAGUUAUCUACGCUGCAACGAAAUUCUUCGGACACCCAAUUACCACUGAGAGGUUCCUUGCGACUUGCCCUGAUGUUCAGAAUUACUGUCGAAUAACACAAGAAGAAUCAGAAUUCGAUAAUGCUGAUGCUGUGCUAUUUCAUAAUGCAGAUUAUCGUGGCAGUACGGAUAAAUUCAAAAAGAUGAAAUCCCAACGAAAACCAGGAGUUCCAUAUGUGCUAUGGUCUCUCGAAAGUCCGACCAAUGACAUGUUCCGUCCGGAUAGUCACAUGAUCAAUUGGACAAUGACCUACAGAACUGAUUCCGAUGUCUGGGCACCAUAUGGUACAAUUGUGAAGCUGAAAAAUCCAGUGGAAGUUGACCUGAAUGCAAUUUGGGAGGGAAAAACAAAAACUGCCACGUGGCUUGCUUCAAACUGUAUUACUCAAAAUCAUCGGUUCGAUUUGAUCAAGAAAAUUAUUGAUAAUGGAUUUGAAAUUGAUAUUUGGGGCAAUUGUGGAAAACAAGUCUCCCAAUGCGCUGGAGUGGACAACCAGGAAUCGCCUUGCGUGUUGGAAUUGAUCAAACCUUACAAGUUUUACAUUUCUAUGGAAAACUCUAAUUGUAAGGAUUACGUUACUGAGAAAUUCUGGAAAGCUUUAAACGAUCGAAUGACAAUUCCAAUUGUCCUUGCGAGGAAGUACUAUAAGGAUUUGGGAGUCCCGGACUCUGCGUACAUUGCUGUGGAUGACUACGCAACUUUAGAUGAGUUUCUUGCUCAUGUCAAGAAAGUGAAUAAGGAGAAGGAUCUGUUUUUGAGUUACCAUCAAUGGAGGAAAGAAUGGAAAGUAAUAAUUGGAAGUGGCUUCUCCGGCUGGUGCACACUUUGCAACAAACUUCAGGACAAAGACUACAUUUUGAAAAAUCCGAAAUCUUACAAGGAUGUUGCAUGGUGGCAUUCAUUCGAAAUGUGCAAUAAUCAGAUAGCUUCGAAAUAUUUGUAGUUGUUUUUAUUCUAUUUUAUAUUAAUUUAAUUAUUUUCAUAUUUAUUCGAAACUGGGGUUUUUACGGGUUUUAAGGAACUGAAAUGUGAUAAUUUUGAUAGAUGUGAUGAUUUCAAACGAAUUUAUUUACAUUUAUGUGUUUUUAGACUUUUUACAACAAUUACAAGCUUUGAGUUUUUACGGGAAAAAAUACCAAUAAAUUAUUAAUGAUU